AUGGAUUUAAAAAAUGGAUUCUGGCAGCUGGAAUUGGACGAUGAGAGUUCCAAUUUGACUACGUUUAUAACACCUUUUGGUCGUUAUAGGUGGCACAGAUUACCAUUUGGGAUAAGCAGUGCUCCUGAAUUGUUUAUGAAAAAAAUGGUGCAGUUAUUUGGUGAUAUUCCUGGAGUUGAAAUUUAUUUUGAUGAUUUGUUUAUUUCUGGUAGAAAUUAUGUCGAACAUGAUCAAACACUAAAUAAGGUUAUUGAAAGGGCAAGGGCAAAUAAUGUUAAAUUUAACAUAAAUAAAAUACAGUAUAGGCAGAUUGAAGUUAAAUUUAUGGGUCAGUCUAUAUCUAAAGGCAGUAUAAAGCCAAACGAUAAGUAUUUAGUGGCCAUGAGAGAACUACCAAUACCUGAAGAUAAAAAAGGCGUUAUGAGAUUAUUAGGAGUUUGUAAAUAUCUUGCCAAAUACAUACCCAAUCUUUCAAUCGUAACAUCCAAAUUAAGAGAUCUUACCAAAUUAGGUUCAAAAUGGCAAUGGACCGAAGAACAUCAAAAUGAGUUUAAUAAUUUAAAAAAUAGAUUUACCCAGGCACCAGUUUUGCGUAUGUUUGAUCCAAAGGAACCUCUCGUCAUUCAAGCUGAUGCUUCCAAAGAUGGGGUAGGGUGUGUGUUGUUACAGAGUGGGCAGCCAAUAGCUUUUGCAUCACGAAGUUUGUCGACAAGUGAGCAAAAAUGGGCCCAAAUUGAAAAAGAACUCCUGGCCAUUGUUGUAGCUUGUCUUAAAAUAAAAUAUGUUCCAGGAACUCAAUUAAUGCUGGCAGAUUGCCUUUCACGAGCGUAUUUAAAAGCAGCAGAGGCAGAGCAAGUUAAAUUAAACUAUGUUGUACAUAGCAUUGUUAGUGAAGUAUGUAUGUCUGACAAAAACAAACUCAAGUAUCAGGUAGCUACCAGGGAAGAUGGAUGCCUUAGUAAGAUCCUUGAAUAUCAAGCAAAUGAGUGGCCAGAUUACAAAAAACUUAGCUUAGAUUGUAAGAAAUUUCACAAGAUAAAAUUUGAGUUAAGUGUUAAUGAUGAACUUUUAUUCUUUGGGGAUAAAUUGGUUGUGCCGUUCAGCCUUAGAGAUCAGGUCAUUAAGAUGUUGCAUGAGUCUCAUUUAGGCAUAGAAAAAACACGAAUGCGUGCGCGAAGACUGUUCUACUGGCCAGGCAUGUCGAAAGACAUUGAAGAAAAUAUUCAAAGGUGUCGAAUUUGUGAAAAAUUCAGGUAUAAUAAUCCAAAAGAGCCACUUAAACAGCAUGAUUCACCAGAGUUUGCUUGGGAAAAAAUCUCAAUGGAUAUAUUCGAGCAUGGAGGGAGAUCAUAUUUGUGCGUAUUCGAUGCGUACUCUAAUUGGUUGUGCGUUGAAAAGCUUCAAGAUAAAUCAAUUGAUCACAUUAUAAAUAGAAUAAAAUCUCAAUUAUUUGCGAAGUUUGGGGUUCCACUUGAAAUCCGAUCGGAUAACAAUCCGUUUAACAGCCGUAAGUUCAGGGAUUUUGCGGAAGAAUUCAAUGUUAGACUUGUGUUUUCUAGUCCACGUUAUCCUCAGAGCAAUGGCUUAGCAGAGAAAGGAGUGGCGAUUGCUAAACGAAUUUUAAAAAAAUGCUUCGAGGAGGGUAUGGAAAAAGAUUUUCUGUAUCGAAUACUAGAAUAUAAUGCUACGCCGUUGGCAAAUAUGUUGCUGUCACCUGCACAACUUUUCAUGGGCAGAGAAAUAAAAACCAAAAUUCCUACAACUACAAACAACUUAAAACCACAUAAUAUAAACUCGAAAGAUGUUUCGGAGCGCAUAGAAAGAAAAAAGGAUCUACAAGCUGAGUAUUACAAUAGAAAUUCAAAACCCCUAUCCAAUUUGAAUGAGAAUGAUAAAAUUAUGUUUAAAAAAGAUGAAAAAGAUUGGUUGUAUGGAACUAUUUCUAAAAAAGUAAAUGAUAGGUCAUAUAUAGUUAAUGAUAGUGAAGAUAAUAAGUUUAGAAGAAAUAGACGCCAUAUUAGAUGUUCACUUAAUAGAGCGCCUUCAAACUUAUUAAAUGAUGAUAUCUAUACCGGCAACGGCGAUGAUCACUGUAAUGAAACUAUUGAAAUGGGUUCUUCCGAAAAUAAAGACAUGGAAGGAGGUCCCUCCAGUGAUAAUGUUGUCGAUGUCGGAAUAGACGUAACCGAUCGGCCAAGCAAUAUUGUAACAAGAUCAGGAAGAGUUGUAAAAGCACCGGAGCGUUAUGGCUAUUAG